UAGCUACGAAUCAAAUCUUUUUGAGAUAAAUCAAAAAAGUAAGAAUCGAAAAUGGCGGAUCAACAAGGAGGAACAAUCGUCGGAGGAGUUCGCGAUAUUGAUGCAAAUGCUAAUGAUCUUCAAGUCGAGAGUCUCGCUCGUUUUGCUGUCGAUGAGCAUAACAAGAACGAGAACUUGACUCUGGAGUACAGGAGGCUCAUUGGUGCGAAAACACAGGUUGUUGCUGGAACAAUGCACCAUCUCACUGUGGAGGUGGCUGAUGGUGAGACCAAGAAGGUCUAUGAGGCCAAGGUUUUGGAGAAAGCAUGGGAGAAUCUCAAGCAGUUGGAGAGUUUCAACCACCUUCACGAUGUUUAAUCCGAUGCCUGAUCUUUCUCUGCGGCUCCUUGUGUGCUCUCAGACCACGUGAUAAGAGUUCCGGUUUAACCAAGUUAACUUCUUUUAAUAAGUGAAUGUGAAUCCAGUCCCAUGUGUUUGAACUGGUAUUGUGUGUAUCUCUUGACUUUCGUUUGUGUAUUGCUAUUAUCAAACUGUCACUUUAUAUUUAUCUGCCUUGAUUUUACAAAACAUCAUGAUGAAGAUACAAACUAUGAAAAAAGCUACAGGUGAUGU